AUGGGGCAGGACCUUGGCCCAGGUGGAGUUUUAGAUUCAGUAUUUCCAUGUCUUGUUCAGUUACAGACUCUAAUCUGUUUCCUAAAUCUGGGUGGAAUCCCACAGUGUGAAGCACGGCUGGGCGGGAUGUCCACCCUUGGACAAAGAACAGAAAGGCAGACUGGAUUGGCCACCAACACUUGCCCUGUCGGUCUUGAUUUAGCAAGCGGCCAAAUCUCAGAGGUGACGGACAGCCAGACGCAGAAAAGCUGGGAUGGGGCCCGAAAAGGUGAGGUUUCAGCCAGCCCAGUGGGUGACGGAUCCUAA